UCGAGCAAAGAGAAGGCGGAGGGGAAGCGCAGAGAAGACGGAGCAGAGUGGUGGGAAAGCCCCAACCUGGAGCUGCUUCUGGUUUUGAAAUGGAGUUUGGGGCUCUGUGGGAUUGAUUUGCUGAACAGUGCAGCAGCGGCAUUGGGCAGUUCUACAGUAGUUUCGCACUGGAGAUUGGAGGUUUUAGAAUUUGGGCGGGGUGGAGGGAUUGGAGAAAAACCCACCAAAUCUGGUGUGAUGGGUGUGCAGAAUGGUUUUCUGCACUGCUGCUUUUCUUGAUUUUUUGUUAGUUUCUGGAUGGAUGAUGGUGAGUGGGGGAGGGCUAGAAGAUAAAUUGUGGAAUUGGGGAGGACAAAGGGGAGAAGAAGGAAAGAUCAUAAAGAGCCAAAGUAGACACGAAACAAGACAUUAGAGAAUAGAAGAGAUGUAUUGAAGGUUGACAAUGACGACGAGCCUCUGUCGUCUCCGGCGGCCUCCAAUUCUUGAAUCGGAUGAAACAGAGGAGGAACUGUGUAUUGAGGGGAAGAUCCUUUCGUUGACAUUACAGUGCUGCAAUAUUGAUCUCUCUCUCUGUUUGUGAAGAAGAAGAAGAAGGAGGUUGCUGGAAAUGGCGUAUUAUGCUGCUCUUGCUUCUCUUGUGCACUUACUCGACGACAUAAUCCUUCAAUAUCCAAACUUCUUUCUUUGUAAGCACCCAAUCGUAAAAACUCUCCAUGAAAAGUUCAGCUCCCUGGAAGCAUUACUGCAAGAUUAUUCAUCCAAAGGCGACGAAGCCAGCGACAACGUGGAAGCACGCAUAAGAGAUGUGGCGUAUCGAGCGCAGGAUGUUAUUGAAAUUGAGAUCUCAGAUCAGAUCGAUACAAUUGGGAGAGAGCCAGAGUUCAUUACUAGUCAUGAACUUGCUGUGGAUGAAUUAUUGAAGGUGGAACAAGAUGUGGAUUCCAUUGUGAAAGAUCUGAAGGUGAUGACUGAAGAUCUGCAAGGAAAGAACAAUUCUGCUCCUACUGGUACGUCGACACCAACAUCAACUGACAUUACUACUAUGGUUGGAUUUGAGGAAUAUCUGAUCAAAAUUAAAGAUCAGCUCUGUGGGCAAUCAUCCCAACUCCAAGUCAUUCCUAUCGUUGGAAUGGGCGGAAUUGGCAAGACCACUUUGGCCAGAGCUGCCUUUGAUGAUCCGCUAUCUGUGUAUCAUUUUGAUCGUCGUGCUUGGGUGGUUGUGUCCCAACAUUACCAUGCAAAUGUGCUUUUUCUAAGCAUCUUAAAAUCCAUGGGUGUUAGCAAGGAUGAAUUCCAUAAAAAGGAAGAGGAAACCGGAUUCUUAGAGGAGCUUAUAUACAAACAUUUAAUAGGUCAAAGAUAUCUCAUUGUAAUGGAUGAUGUUUGGAAUACUAAAGUUUGGGAUGAUAUAAAGCAUGCAUUCCCAAAUGGUUCUCAUGGAAGUCGCAUCUUGUUAACCACUAGGUUGUUAGAUGUGGCAAAUUAUGUCCGUAGCUCGGAUUUUCUUUAUCAGGUACAAUUCCUAGAUGCGGAUGCAAGUUGGAGCUUACUUCGGGAGAAGGUGUUUGAAAAACAAGAUUGCCCUCUAGAAUUGGAAGAUAUUGGAAAGUCCGUAGCCAGGGAAUGUCGAGGGCUUCCACUAGCAAUCGUAGUUAUUGCCGGUGUCCUUUUAGACUCCCGGGCAACAAGACAUUGGGAAGAGGUUUCGAAGAAUGUGCGUUCAUUCUUGAAUAAAUCCGAGGAUGAACACUUGUCGAACAUUCUAUCUCUGAGCUACAAUCACUUGCCUCAUUUGCUCAAAGCUUGCUUGCUAUACAUCGGAAGCUUUCCUGAAGACUAUGAAAUCAAUGUGCGCAUGCUCGUAAGGUUGUGGGUUGCGGAGGGAUUCUUGAAAUUAAUCGAAGGAUGUGAAACCUUAGAGGAAGCUGCGGAAGAAUGCCUCAAGGAUCUAGUGAAAAGAAAUCUUGUUCUUAUCAUGAGGAAGAGGGCGAAUGGGAAAUUCAAGCUCUGCAUGAUGCAUGAUAUUUUGAGAGAUUUUUGUAGACGACGAGCUGUACAUGAAAGUUUCUUCCACGGGCUAGAUUGGGAAAGGUGUCUGCAAGUGUAUGAGUCCGUAACCGUAAGCAGCCCGGCCACAGAAUCAUCAUCAUCCUGUAAGCCUUGGGAAGAAUAUGGUGCCCGUAAACAUGUCCGGACGAUUCUAUGGUUUAAAGGAGUGAGGAUGAAAGAUGCCUCUUUCUUCGAAAAAAAUAGCUUGAGAUUGUUGAAGACAUUGUACGACGCAGAGCUUCGGGCUGCGGCACCAGCAUUCUCACGACAUUUUCAUGUCAAGUACAUCUCUCUGCGGAUAAAGUCGAGUAAAGAAUCCCUUCUUAGUACAAAUAUUUUCAAGCUCGAGAAUCUCCAAACCUUAAAUAUUUCUUGUUCUAAGUUUGCCUUGCGCCGCCCCAUCAUAGUGCCAACCGAGUUCUGGCAAAUGGUGCGACUAAGGCAUGUAACAUUUCAUCAAGGGGUGAUAUUGCCACCUGUUCCUGCGGACACAGACAUGCCUGUGCCUGUCCGAGUACUAGAACAUCUGCAAACACUCCAUCGAGUAGUUGAUUUCAAAUUCAGCAAGAGGGCUGUAGAAAUGAUUCCCAACCUCAGAAAAUUGAAAAUAUCAUGUUGUUCGAGAGACGGGAGUGCAAUCUGGGAGUUGCAUGGCCUCAGCAGUCUACUCCACCUGCACCGACUUGAGGAGCUUCGAAUUGAUCUUAUUUUCAUUUAUUCUCAUUCCAGGACUUCCUUGGGGAGCGACUUUGCCUUUCCACAGUAUCUCAACAAGCUAUCUUUGUCUGGUUGCGGACUCCCAUGGAAUAAAAUGACAUUAAUCAGAUCACUUCCGAGUCUGCAAGUGCUGAGGCUAAAAAUAAAUUCAUUCGAGGGAGAAGAGUGGGAGGCCAUAGAAGGGGAAUUCCAGCAGCUCAAGUUCCUGCAGAUGGAAUCUUUAGAGCUGAAGCAUUGGAGAGCAGACCACAUGCACUUCCCGCGCCUUCAAUGCCUCAAAAUCGAAGAGUGUAGCCUUUUAGAGGAGAUCCCCAUGGAAAUUGGGGAAAUUUCAGCACUGGAAUCCAUUACUGUAUAUAAUUGCAGCAGUGGAGUAGAGGAGUCUGCGAGGCUGAUUCUGGAAGAUCAACGAAGCCAGGGAAAUGAUGCGUUUCAAGUCAUUGUUCGCCGGUAUGCGUACAGCCACUGGUGAUUAAUUCAAAAUAGAUUCUGCAGGAGAUUAUGCGAAACUUGUUCCACAAGAACUAUUAAUCAUUUCCAUAUUGCAUACAGAUAUCGUACAUGUGAGAAAAACAAUUAACUUAUAUUUCAAAUGUAAGUAAUUAUUAUGCUGCUUUCGUCCCAAAUCAAAGGUUAUUUGUGAGA